AUGCCCCCAGCACACAAGAAUCAGGCGUUGCGCCCGGAAAACGUGUUGAAACGUGCCGAGGACCUUAUUGGCGUCGACCAGAAAGAUGCUGCUCUCGAGGUCUUGUACGAGAUGAUCACGUCCAAGAGAACCAGGUACUUGCCAGUUGAGGACUUGGAGCCCAUUGGUCUUUUGCUUAUUGAAUUGGCUGUUCACUUCAGAAAGGGAAAAGUCGCCAAGGACGCCUUGCACCAGUACAAGAAGAAUGUGCAGAUGCUGGAAAACGGGUUGGAGUCUGUGCAAGUGAUUGUGAAGAAGUUCAUUGAGUUGGCAGAGAAAAAGUUGAACGAGGCCCAAGCCAAGGCAGACAUCAAGAUGGACCAGGAGGAAGACGACGAUUUGGAGACCUCGCAGACACCAGAGUCGAUUUUGUUGUCUGCUGUGUCGAACGCUGACUCUGCUGACAGAACCGAGAGAGAGUUGGUGACUCCUUGGUUGAGGUUCUUGUGGGAAGCGUACCGUGCAGUGUUGGACAUUUUGAGAAACAACUCGAAGUUGGAGGUCACCUACUCCGCUAUUGUCAACCAGGCGUUCCAAUUCUGCUUGCGCUUCAACAGAAAGGCUGAAUUCAGAAGACUCUGUGAGUUGUUGAGAGCUCACAUGCAGUGGGUCACCACCAACGCUCCAGGCAAGUCUACCGGCACCAACGUCAACGCUGUGGACUUGUCCGACUCCGAUACCGUGCAGAGAUACUUGGAUCAGCGUUUCCACCAGUUGAACAUCUCGGUGAAGUUGGAGUUGUGGCAGGAAUCGUUCAGAUCGGUUGAUGAUGUCCACACCUUGAUCACAGCAUCGAAGAAGACUCCCAAGCCAGUCAUGAUGGCUAACUAUUACGAGAAUUUGGCCAGAAUCUUCGCUGUUUCAGACAACACUUUGUUUCACGCUGCUGCCUGGAAUAAGUUUUUCAAUUUGUUCUCGCAGUCUCCCAAUGCUACCGACAAGGAGUUGAGCUAUUACGCAUCUGUGCUUGUUUUGUCGACCUUGUCGAUCCCAACCAAGUCGUUGAACAUCAAUGAGACCGUCGUCGACGAGCAGAAGGCUAAGAACGCCAAGUUGACCUCUUUGUUGAACUUGAGCCAGGUACCUACCAGAGACAGCUUGAUCUCGUCCAUUGUUAACAAGAACAUCUUGAAAUUUGUUGACCCUGCCGUGAAGGAGUUGUUUGAGAUUUUGAGCGACACUGAGUUCCACCCCUUGACCGCCAAGGAGAAGGUGGCAGGUGUCUUCCAAGUCAUCAAGGAAGACAAAGCUUACAGCAAGUACAUUCCUACUUUGACCGAGGUUGUUGCCAUCAGAUCGUUCCAGCAGGUUUCUCAGAUCUACGAGGCAGUCAAGUUGGACUUUUUGGUUUCCUUGGGUAUCAUCGAGGGCACUGAGUACACCUUGACCGAGUUGGAAGUCGAAGACAUGAUUGUCAACGCUGUCAAGAAGGGCCACUUGUUCUUGACCAUCGACCACGAGUCGCAAGUUGUCACUUUCGAGUCCAACCCAUUCGAAGACUCGUACACUGACUCAUUAUCUUCCAAGUUGCAGGCUACCCCUGCUGAGUUGGUGAGAACGCAAUUGUCCAAAUUGGCCUCUGUUUUGGCCCAGUCUCGCGAGGUAAUCGAUCCACACUACGAAGCCCGUAAGCAGCACAGACGCGAGGUUGCUUUGCAAAACGCCAUUUCUGGUUUUGUCAGAGAGCAGGAGCUGAUUGCCGACCGUGUCAAGGUUUUGGAGGAACGCAAGAAGCUUGCUGAGAAGCGCAGACGUGAAGAGGAAGAGAGGGCCGCGAAGGCCAGACAGGAGAGAUUGAUUGCUGAGCAGAAGGCAGAACAGGAGAGAUUGGCUCAAGAGCAAGAGAGAAAGAAUUUGGAAAGAUUGGAGAGAGAGAAGAAGGCCAUUGCCGACAGCAACAAGAGAAAGAUUGCCGAGGAGAUCAACGCCAAGGGUAUCAUCAAGAUCGAUUUGGACAACUUGGAGGACUUGGACACCGACAAGUUGCGUGCUAUGCAGAUCGAGCAAUUGAACAAGGACAGAAAGAACUUGGAAGAAAAGAUGAAGGUUGUGUUCAAAAAGGCGGACCAUCUCGAGAGAGCAUACAGAAAGUACGAGUUGAAGUACUUGGCCGAGGAGGCUGCUACCCAGAAGGAGAGAGACAUCAAGGCUCACGAGGAGCUCACCCGAACCAGAAUCGAGAAGGCCCGCAAGGAACACGAGGCUGCCAAGGCGUUGAAGGAACGUUUGAGCCGUGUGUUGCCCGACUAUUCUUCUUUCAAGAAGCAUAUUGACGAGGCCAAUGCUGCCAAGGUGGCUGAGAUGAAGGAGAAGGCCAGAGCUGCUUUGGAGCAGGCCAAGAAGGAGCGUAUUGAGCACGUGAAGCACCAGAGAAUCGAGCAAUUGAGAGAGAUCAAGGAGCAAGAGGCUCGUGCUGCCGAGGAAGAGGCCCGUAAGCGUGCCAGAGAAGCCGAGAUGGAGAAGCUUCGUGAGGACUUGAGGAGGCAAAAGGAGAAGGAUGCCGAGAUGGCCCAAAGGAGAGCUGCCAUGGAAGCCGAAAUGGCUGCUGCUCGUUCUCCAGCACCAGGACGGUACGUUCCACCAUCCCGUCUGGGUAUUGCCGCUCGCCAAAGCCCAUCGCCCGCACCAGCACCAGUGUCUCCACAGGCCCCCAAGGCUGCUCCACAAGCUACUUCUCCAGCGCCAGCUUCCGACAAGCCAUUAACGUUUGCAGAGAAGAUGAGAUUGAAGAGACAAGGCAAGCUUGUGUAA